UUCCCUUCAUCCUUCAAACACCAAAAUGAAAACCCAUUUUCCAGCAUCGAUUCUAGUGCUUGUUUCUCUUCUAACCCUCUUCCAAUUUGGGUUCUCUUUGGACAUUGUUCAACGCUCCUGUAAACUAGCUGCAAAAAGAGACCCAUACGUUGAUUACAAGCUCUGUGUUAAGAGCCUACGAGCCAACCCCAGUUCAAAAGAUGCAACGUUCAAGGAUUUGGUCCUGAUUUCGAUCGAGCAAUCGAAGGCUAAUGCGACGGCAAUUGGGUCGGAGAUUACGGGGCUCUUAAAGGGCGGUGGGAAAUGGGGGAAGUAUUCGACGAGUUGUUUGGAGAGCUGUUUGGAGGUUUAUUCUGAGGCUGUUUCGGAUUUGAAAUUGGGUUUGGUUGCUGUCAAAAUGGGGGAUUAUGAAACUGCAAAUACAGAGGUGAGUGCCGCCAUGGAUGCACCUUUGACUUGUGAAAAUGGGUAUAAUGAGAAGGAUGGGGAAGUUUCUCCUUUGACAGAGAAGAACGGUGGGUUCUUUCAGCUGACUGCAAUUUCUCUGGCUUUUAUCAGUUUGUGUCAGUGAUGGCCUCUGUUUUUUAAUUUCAAGAACUAAUAUGAAGUUUUCUUUCAAGUAUUUUGGUGUUUGAUAUUAUGUUUUUGUUGCAGAGUAAUGUGAUUUUUGGUGUUUGCUGUAUAAGUACUAAAUUUGCGUGUUUAUAUCCAAGUUUGAGAACGAU